UUCAUUUACUCGCCCUCAUGUCAUUCCAAAACUGUAUGAACUUUUUUCUUCUGUGGAACUAAAAGAAGAAUAUCGAACUGCCAGUAACCGUUUUGGUCGCCACUGAUUAAUUUGUAUGGACAUAAACAUCUGUUAUGUUCCAUAGAAGAAAGUCCUAUAGUUUCAGAACACCAUGAUGGUCAGUAAUUAUCAGAAUUCACAUUUCUGAGUUUAAAUAUCACUUAUAAUCUUAUAUUAAUAAUAAUUACACAUAUUAACCCCUUUUAAGAGCUCUUGUCGGCGUCACAAGUUUAUAGACGCCGGUUAUAGUAAGGGGGAAGACCACUUAUAUAUGACAAGUAGUCUUUGUAAACUUGUUUAAUCUGCCAUCAUUUCUUCACUCUCAUCUUCUUAUGCAGAGAUUUGGCGGACUUUUCAUACGCAUGUUGCUUAAUAUAUUAGGCCUGUUCAACAAAGUUCCGACUGUAUUCCAGCAGCCCGUUAGACUGACUGACUGUAACGGCGCGCAGGGAGAGGAGCGCAAUUUGAUGACGCUCCCUCCAAAUCCCCGAGUUUUAUUCGAAGCAGCGGUGGACAGGACGCGCCUGCGCCUCAGCGCUCACCGUCUCUGGCUGCAUCCCCUCCUCACUCCGCUGCCUCUCUCUCCACACUGACUGUCCAGUCACUCCAGCACCGAGCAACAGGGAGUGUGUGCUUCUGAUUUAAGCUAUCAAGAACUUCAUCUCCAUCGCUCCUCAUCCGCUUCUUCAUCUGUCGUCCGCUGCCCUUUAGCGACCAACCGGCCACAGUAACCAUCUGCCAUGGAGAGGAAGCGGCCUGGCAUGCCAUCAGGAGCACGAAUGCCUCAUCAGGGGGCCCCGAUGGGGCCUCCAGGACCACCGUAUGGAGGGAACACCGCUGUCCGGCCUGGACUUACGAAUCAGAACAUGGAGGCCAGUCGUAAACGUCCCGCUCCUUCACAGCAGCAGAUGCAACAGCAGCAGCAGGCAGUACAGAAUCGAAACAGGAAGAAGCCUGUGGGAUUUCCUGGACCAAAUGAGAUGCCAGGGAGGCAGAUGGACAUGAGAGAGGCCCAAUCAGAUCCCACACUCGGAUCAAAUGCCAAGAGGAGGAAGAUGGCUGAUAAGAUCCUUCCACAAAGGAUUCGUGAGCUUGUUCCAGAGUCACAGGCGUAUAUGGAUCUGUUGGCAUUCGAGCGCAAAUUAGACCAGACCAUAAUGCGCAAACGGGUGGACAUCCAAGAGGCACUUAAGAGACCCAUGAAGCAAAAGCGAAAACUGCGUCUCUACAUCUCCAACACGUUUAACCCUGCCAAGCCUGAUGCAGAGGACUCCGAAGGCAGCAUUGCAUCCUGGGAGCUGCGUGUGGAGGGCAAACUGCUGGAUGAUCCAGGCAAGAUGAAGAGGAAGUUCUCCUCUUUCUUCAAGAGUCUGGUGAUUGAGCUUGACAAAGACCUUUACGGCCCUGAUAACCAUUUGGUUGAGUGGCAUCGUACCCCAACCACUCAGGAGACAGACGGUUUCCAGGUGAAGAGGCCUGGAGAUGUUAACGUGCGCUGCACCCUGCUGUUAAUGCUGGAUUACCAGCCACCUCAGUUUAAGCUGGAUCCACGUCUGGCUCGUCUGCUCGGCAUACACACACAGACUCGCUCCAGUAUCAUUCAGGCCCUCUGGCAGUAUGUCAAAACCAACAAACUGCAGGACUCGCAUGACAAGGAGUACAUCAACUGUGACAAGUACUUCCAACAGAUCUUCGACUGUCCACGCCUGAAGUUCUCUGAAAUCCCACAGCGCCUCACCAACCUUCUACUGCCUCCCGACCCUAUCGUCAUCAACCACAUCAUUAGUGUCGACCCUAAUGAUCAGAAAAAGACGGCCUGCUAUGACAUUGAUGUAGAGGUGGAAGAUCCCCUUAAAGCACAAAUGAGCAGCUUCCUGCUCUCCACAGCUAAUCAGCAAGAGAUCGCCUCUUUGGACAGCAAGAUCCAUGAGACUAUUGAGUCCAUCAAUCAGCUGAAGAUUCAGAGAGAUUUCAUGCUCAGCUUCUCCAGAGAUCCCAAAGGCUACAUUCAGGACUGGCUCAAAUCCCAGAGCAGAGAUCUGAAGCUGAUGACAGAUGUUGUUGGGAACCCAGAGGAAGAGAGGAGAGCAGAGUUUUAUCAUCAGCCUUGGUCUCAGGAGGCUGUCAGCCGUUACUUCUACUGCAAGAUUCAGCAGAGGAGGCAGGAGCUGGAGCAGGCCUUGGCCAUGAGGAACACCUAGAACCCACACCGACCACAUUCAGACAACACGGCUAGUUUGUGACAACACUGCCUCCAUGUGGAGGUCCUUGCAUUAUUGUCUGCAGUGUAUGAGGGUUUGUGUGCGUGUCCAGUCAUCGUUGUUGUCACUGUGACCUACAAUCUACUGUACUGGACCAAUCACACCCUGUUACUCCAACAGCCACUGCAGCUCCAUUAUACAGAAUGUGCAUUUCAGCCAAUCACGGUGCUGUGUCUUCCAUUCCGGGAGGAAAUCAUCUCACAAUGCACUCUUUGGAUUUCUGGUUUUUAAUACCACUCGCAUCCACCAGCAUUUUGAACUUGAUGACUUCAGAGCCGGCUCAGUCCCAUAGACUGUGGAUCCAACAUUGAUUCAGUUGCGAUUCAGCCUUCCUUCCUCUCAAUCAUCAGUUUCUGGUAUUCGCACACAAUUUCCAUGUGGUAAACGUGUGGUUUGGGUGAGGUAUUGAUGACUUCUCUAAUGUAGUCCAUUUGUUGUAUCAAAUUUUUUCUUGAGAAUUGAUCAAAAAGAUCAUUUUGUAUGUCUAUCAGUGUUGGGAAUCAGUGGAGCCACAAUAAUUAUCUCCGUUAUUUACACUUUUAUUCAGAAGUGUAUUUAUGAAGUACUUGGAGGCAGGCAGCUUUAAAUGAAGCAUCAUUCAGUAUAAACUGAACUGGUAGCUUACAGGGUAUGUCACACACUGCUGUCUGUCCCUGCCACAAUAAUGACAUUUAGCUGCGCUUUUUAAGUAAAUAGUGUAUAUAAACAUUGAAAGAUUGAAUGAGGUUGUUUUAAUCAAGUAUUUAAAAGCUAUUCUGCCUUAUAAAGACAAAACACAGUAACUACACCCACACUUGAGUGAGAAUGAGAAUAUGGCUUUAAAGUUUUUGAUUGAUUUGGUAUCAGUUUUCACACUACUUUCUCUGAAUUAUGUGUAGUUACUGUGUUUUGCCUUUGUAGGUCAGUACUGACAUAGUGACAUAGUCAUUAGUUCACUUUGAAGGAAUUUGAUAGGUCACGGUUUUUGAGAAGCUGUCACAUAUAUGGAGAAAAUAGGUCAUCCCAGCAUAAUGACGAAAAUUGUUUAGAAAUAUAAUCUGUUUGUUAAGUUGUGACAUAUUGAAUACUGCUUCUGGGUCAAAUCCUGUAUUUUUUUCUUUUCAAGUGUGAAUACUCAGCACUAUUUAUUCAUGUCACACAUUUAAAUUAAGCUACGGUGUAAAGUUUCUGGGCUCUGGACAUAGGUUAGCAUCAUGAUUUUUCAGUAGUGCUGCAGCAUACAAUGAGUGUAUAUUACCACCGUUUUUUGUUUAGUUUGUGUUUUGAGUGUUUGGACCCGGAAGCGGUAACGUCAAACUUAACCAGAUUAGACAGUCAGAUCGGCAGUCAACUUGAUAAAAGUGAAUAUUCUGACAUUUUAUUAUGCUUCACCAAAACCAUGGCUGCAUCCGAAAACUGGAAAAUGCUGCCUUCUGAGGACACAUUUCAAGGAAGUAAGGCAUCAAGGCACGUCCGAAUCCAAUGUUAGCUUCACUUCCUGUCUCAUUAGAUACAUUCCU